AUGCUGCUGCCUUCGGCGCUAUCUUGCGACUCGUCGCAGCGACCAAACACGCGACUCUCAUCGCCUCUCUUUUCAUCGCCACCCGCCAGCCCACCUAUCAAUGCUUAUAGUGGUAUCAACAGCAUCAUGACGUCGUGUCGCGCACUUCACUCCAUGCUUGCGCCAGCACCUGUCAUUAUAUCUGGGACCGACGAAGACAACAUCCCUCGUCGUGCAGCCCAGCUCCCAACACCACCCUUGGCACACGCUACCAUUCCGUCACCCAUGAAGUUGCGCCUUCGCGCGCGCAAACCAGAUACCAGCCCAGAAAUGAUGGGUCGCAAGAAGAUCGUCAAGCGCGCCCCUCCACCGCGAGGGCCAAACAAGAGGCGCAGAUCUGACGACGACGACAUGGGUCGCGACGAUGAUAUCGACAGCGACCUAGAUAUUCAUGAAUCGGAUUCGGCCGACGAGGGAUCUCACUCGGGCCCCAGGACGCCGAAGCGCGCACGCAUUGCGCCUGAGAUUGUUCCCUUGGGUCUAGUGCGGUCAGACUUUCACAACCUACACAAGGCAAACACAGAUUCAGAGCAGACCCAAAGUGACGAGGAAGUAGAGGUCGAGGCAGACGGCGAGAGGUGGAGCACAGAGGAGGACCGGAUGCUGGUCGAGCUUAUUCUGGAGAAGCUGAAGCUGUCUAAGAAUGACUGGCAAGAUUGCGCCAGGAGUUUGGGCAAAGAUCGCAGCUCAAUCGGAAGGAGGUGGAAGAGUCUCAUGGUCAAUGGAGACGUCGGCCUCAAGUCAAGGAGUAGGCGAGGCAAGAUCCACGGAACCUGGCGGUGA